CUGGUUUCGCCCAGCAAUUCUCACACAAUUAUUGCCCAGCGCGUGUUCUCUUCUUUCCUUGUUUUGCACCUCGCCUUCUCCUUUUGCAAACCUAAUAAACGUCUACCCAGCACUUCUUUCGACCCCAAGAUGCUUCCUCCUUCGAUCUUUGCACUAUGCUCUAUCGCCACAGUCAUUAGCGCGAGCGUUGUACCGGUACCCCGCGCUGAUCGCGCAUGCACCAAUCCAGCCGUCCGGAAGGAGUGGCGCACGCUCACCAGCACUGAACAAGACAACUACCUUCGUGCCGCUGUGUGCCUGCGCGGCCUACCGAAAGAGAAAUAUGCCGCCGUUGACGCAGUGACCACGCGUCUGGACGAAUUGGUUUACAGCCACUUCUCUCUCAAUGAUGAGAUUCACUUUGUGGCCGGUUUCCUCCCAUGGCACCGUUGGUUUGUGCAGCUGCACGAGGAUCUCCUACGUACCGAAUGCGGCUUUACAGGCACCCAACCUUAUUGGGAUUGGAGUAUUGAUGCCGACGCGAAGAGCGUGGCCACUUCGCCUGUCUUUGACCCUGCCACUGGGUUUGGUGGUGAUGGCCAGCGUACCGCCAGUAACGAGCCAGGCUUCGAACGUUGCGUUGUUGACGGGCCCUUUGCUAACACGAACUUGACACUGGGAAUGGGAUGGCCUGAUGUGAACGAAAGCGGUAAUCGCCUUCACUGCUUUACACGUGAGCUGAAUGGCGGUUUGGGCAAAGAUGAAGACGGAAAUCUCAUCAAGGGCGACUUGCAAGCAGAUGCGUACAACUCUAAAGUCAUGAACACCAUCUACGCAAUGGAUCGAUUUGCCGAUAUGGCGAGCAUGCUCGAGGGCUUGCCGCACGCACAAAUCCACAGCAUCAUUUUUGGUGACAUGGGUCCCGCUACAUCGCCCAACGAGCCGCUUUUCUUCUUGCAUCACGCAAACGUUGAUCGUGCAUGGGCGAAGUGGCAGGGCCGCAACGCCACCCGCCUGGUUGAUUAUACGGGUAAACGAGAUCAAGCAGAUACCAUUCCUGCCUCAAUUGACGACACGAUGCCUAUCAUGGCGCUUGGCGACACCGAACCCAUCGUCAAGGACUACAUGGAUAUUCAGACCGGUCCUCUGUGUUAUACCUACUCAGACAUGUAG